CCGCUGCUACGACAUCGUCCCCUCCUGUCAAUGCUCGAUCCCCUCCCCAUAGUGGUCUAGGAAAAGUCGACAUUUUUAUACCCGAAGGGCCCAAAAAGAAGUCGAGAAUAAGACUACGAUAAAUUAUCCUCUGAUGCCACGCCCGCUGACUCUACUUAUUGGCCCUGAUCUACUCGCACACACUCUCUCGCGCUCCCCUUCCCUGAACGAAUUUACGCGAGGAAGCCGCCAAACCGGGAUCCUCAGCUAAGCCCAGCGCCCUCGCCACUGCGGCAACUCUUUGCCAGCCCAGGCGCUCAGCCAGCUCCCAGCAGCAAAGUGCAGCGGUCCUGACGCUUGUCGCAUCGCACGCAUUCUGUCCCAUCGCUUAAGACUGACGACUGGACCAUCCCUAACUAGGCGGCCACCAGUAAACCCCCCUUGUUUUCGUCUUCUCCCUUUACCGGUCCAUCGAAGUCAUUCCUCGAGCACUACCACCGGCCAUCAACGGCGGAGGAUCAGAUAAUCCACACACAAUCGCCAUGGCAUCCCCCCCGAAACCGUGGGAAAGACAAGGCGCGACGUCUGGCGCAUCGGCGCCCGCACCAGCAGCCUCUUCGGCCGCGACGCCAUCACCAGAGUCAAACACGACAACAACAACAUCAGGCUCAACCCCGGCCAUCCCCGCGAGACCUGCCAGUCUGACCGCCUCCGUCAACCAAAAUGCCGCCAACUACAGCAGACCAAUGGGCGCGAUGGGUACAUCACCAUACGGGGUCGGCGUAGGCUCGUACGGCACAACAUACGGCUCUUCAUACGGCUCAGCAUACUCGUCGCCCUAUUCCAGCCCCUAUUCCAGGUAUGGGGGUAUGGGCGGAUACGGCAGUUCAAUGUACGGCGGUUACGGCGGGUCGAUGUACGGCGGUGGCAUGUACGGCGGCGGCGGCAUGUAUGGAGGAGGUAUGGGUGGCAUGCCGGGCGAUCCCAACAACCCGGAAAGUUUGACCAACCGCUUCAACAUGAGUACGAUGGCCACAUUCCAGAUGCUGGAAGGCAUUGUCGGCGCAUUCGGAGGUUUUGCACAAAUGCUUGAGAGCACUUAUAUGGCGACACACUCGAGUUUCUUUGCCAUGGUUGCUGUCGCAGAGCAGUUUGGCAAUCUUCGCCAAACCCUAGGCUCCAUUCUGGGCAUCUUCACUAUUAUGCGCUGGAUUAGGACAGUGUUCGCCAAGAUCACCGGCAAGCCUCUACCAGCCGAUGUCUCCAGCCUCAAUCCAGCCUCUUUUGCCAUGUUUGAUGGACGCGGGAAGGGCGGUGCUGCAGCGGCUGCCGGUGGUGCCGCCGGUGCCAUGCCCAAGCCCAGCCGAAAGCCCCUCAUCUUCUUCGUUCUCGCUGCCUUCGGUCUGCCCUACGUGAUGAGCAGGGUGAUCAAGUCGCUGGCCUCCAACGCUGAGGAAGAGGAAAAGAAGCGCCAGCUCGUUGUCGCGCAACAACAAACCAUCGACCCGACCAAGCUUGAGUUCUGCCGCGUCCUGUACGACUUCUCGCCCGCCACGCAGGGGAAUGGCGAGAUCGUCCCGGGCGUAGACCUUGAAGUUCACAAGGGUGAUCUGGUUGCCGUUCUCAGCAAGAGCGAUCCUCUCGGCCAGCCUAGCGAGUGGUGGAAGUGUCGCGCCCGCGACGGAAGAAUUGGCUAUCUACCGGCCACCUUCCUCGAGGUACUUAAGAAGCCAGGUCAGCCUGUUGCAGCUAUUGCUGGGGCCCCAUCCAUCAGCAUUGACGGCGACACGAGGGCCAACUCGCUGAGCAGCAUCCUCAGCGACGCGGAUAAGAAAGUGCUGGUUCCGGCCCUACCGGCGGCCAAGGCUAGCGAUAUUAGCGUCGAGAGUUUCCAGAAGUCGCAGUUCUUUUCUUAGGGAGGCAAGGAACGCAGGCGGAAUGAUCUCAGCAAAAUGCACAUCGAGACGUCGCGGUUCAUGCCACGCUCUUCUCGGCUUCGACACUCGGUCUCAUUCUCUUAAUACACGCCUGAUCGUGCGAGCUCUGGAUCUACCAUGUGCAAAGCGCCGGCCUCCUGGGAGUGGCCCAACACCCAAUGGCCAUCUAAUCGGCUUUCCUCUCCAACACAACAAUCAGACACAAUAGCAAAUCAAAUCAAAAUCGGAUUCUCCUUGAUUCGGAUUCGCCCAGCCUGGUGGAAAUGACCACACUUUCCUACCAGGAAAAAAUCACCAAGCAGCUACGUAGAGGCACACGAGAGCGCGGUGAGAUAAUCAGUCGGAGCAUUUCCGGAAGUUUUCGAACUCGUCGGAAGGGUGUAAGACGUCACCAAACAAGCAUGCAUGCCCACAACGGUCAGUUACGGCAUUAUCAUUAUUAAGAGAAUGACAAACACUCUCACAUCUUUAUACACCUGCAUGACACGAUUAUUGCGUGGGUAAACGUCUUUUCACCAUAAGUCAAUACCCGAGCGAGCCAAAAGGGAGAUAUAGACACAGAGGACGGCCAUGGUAAAUGGAUGAAUGGAUGCAUGGAGUAAGCGGAAGCGGCGAACGCUGAAAGACAUGGACGCACGAGGUGUGAAAUCGAAAGGGGGGAUGAAGGGAAGUGAUAGGCGAUGUGAGGCGGUGACCACACCGAUGGCACAGGGAUGGAACGAAGCGUGGCUAAUUAGCCUACACAGACAAAGGGGUGUUUGUCUGCUUGAGUCGGUUGUUCAGUCGUAUACCUUGUAGCGAAUAUUUUGUUUUCGGAUAUAUCCUAACCGUAUCGUAUGUACGUCUUCUUUCGUUAUCGUCUCCUUCUCUUUUUUCUUUCUUUUCUUCUAGCUAAUUUUGUUUCGUACGAAGAGAAAGAAAAAAAUGGAAAGAAUCGGCAAAUACGUGAACAUUACUUUUCAUAGAACGGUCUUUAAUCAGAGAUGUAUGAUACACAGUAUUUAGUAGAGGCAUGAGAUUAAUAGUUAAUAAUCACUUAUUCAUCG